ACUUUUCCUCUCUUCAACCAAAAACGAGGCCAUACAUCGUUAGUGAAAAUGGCUGCCGCGACGACAGUAACACGGCCACUUCCUGCCCUGCCGGAAGGCUGGUCAGCUGAGAAGGACUUUAAGCCCAUCGGUUCUAUUACAGCGUCUACUCAACGCACUAUUGAGCCCGUCGGACCUCAUUUCCUAGCCCAUGCCCGCCGUGCACGCCACAAGCGCACAUUCUCCGAAGAUGACCGCAUCCAGGCUCAGGAGAGUGCGAAGAAAAUCGAGAAGGAUGAUGAGAGCGAUGUCAGCGAACCCGAGGAUCCUAUGAUGCUCCAGCGGGAGGCCAAGGACUGGAAGUCGCAAGAUCACUACCAAGUUCUUGGUCUAUCCAAGUAUCGUUACAAGGCUACUGAAGAGCAGAUCAAGCGCGCCCACCGCAAGAAGGUCCUAAAGCACCACCCCGACAAGAAAGCAGCUCAGGGCAGCACCGAGGACGACAACUUCUUCAAGUGUAUCCAGAAGGCCACCGAGGUCCUGCUCGACCCCGUCAAGCGCAGACAAUUCGAUUCAGUCGAUGAGAAAGCCGAUGUCGAUCAGCCAACCAAGAAGGAGCUCUCUAAGGGCAACCCCUAUAAGCUCUGGGGUCGCGUUUUCAAGUCCGAAGCUCGCUUCUCCAAGCAGCAGCCCGUGCCCAGCUUCGGCGACGAGAACUCCACGAAAGAAGAGGUUGAGAACUUCUACAACUUCUGGUACAACUUCGACUCUUGGAGAUCCUUCGAGUACUUGGACGAGGAUGUGCCGGACGACAACGAAAACCGCGAUCAGAAGCGCCACAUGGAACGCAAGAACGCGAACGCCCGCAAGAAGAAGAAGGCUGAGGACAACGCUCGCCUGCGCAAGUUACUAGAUGACUGCUCCGCUAGCGACGAGCGAAUCAAGAAGUUCCGCCAGGAGGCCAACGCGGCCAAGAACAAGAAGCGUCUCGACAAGGAAGCCGCCGAGAAAAAGGCGAAGGAGGACGCCCGUCUAAAGAAGGAAGCCGAAGAAAAGGCGGCCAAGGAAGCGGAAGAGAAGGCGAAGGCAGAGCGCGACGCCAACAAGAAGGCUAAGGAGGCUGCCAAGAACGCGGUCAAGAAGAACAAGCGUGUGCUCCGUGGCUCCGUCAAGGACGCCAACUACUUCGCCGCCGGCGACGCUAGCCCGGCUCAGAUCGACUCCGUUUUAGGCGACGUGGAGUUGAUUCAAGGCAAAAUCGAUCCCGAUGAGGUCGCUGCUCUGGCGGGCAAGCUGAACGGCCUCAAGGUCGCGGACGAGAUUAAGGGUGUGUGGAGUGAUGAGGUCAAGCGCCUUGUCGCGGCUGGCAAGCUGAAGGACGGGGAAACCAAGUUCUUCUCCUGAAUAUGGAAGAUGGAAUGUGAUAGGAGGUUUGCAUGCUGGUAGACAUAAUGGAAUACCAAUAAACCGCAGUACGCUUAUGCCCCUAUUUCAAUGGUCUGGCCAAUGUGAUUUUCAGUGCUACGAAAGAGCCCAAUUGCUGUGCUUCAUUUAAUUCACCGGUAUCAAUCAAUUAUUCCUCGUUUUUGUAUGUAAAGCAAAUGCGAUUGAUUAGCUAUCUUUUGAGAGCCACCAGUUGUACACCAUCAUUGAUG